GGAAAGUGUCUUCAACUCAUGGAGGUGUGUAAACUUAGUGAGCCAAAGUUGAUGUGUAUUUUGAAUGUUGUCUUUAAUACACAAACCUGUAGAAUUGUCAAAUUCUCUAUUGGUUCUUUUUCAGGAUGGAAAAAUUAAUGCACCAAUAAGGAAGGGUCUGAAAACUUCACAGAAAUUCUACUGCUGUCCUAUUGAAGGCUGCCCUAGAGGACCAAACAGACCAUUUUCCCAAUUUUCUCUUGUAAAACAGCACUUUAUGAAAAUGCAUGCUGAAAAGAAGCACAAAUGUGAUAAAUGUAGUAACUCCUAUGGUACAGAAUGGUAUUUGAAACGGCACAUAGAGGUCUGUGGCAAGACUUUCCAGUGUACUUGUGGGUGCCCUUAUGCCAGCAGAACAGCAUUACUGUCUCAUAUUUACAGAACCGGCCAUGAAAUUCCUGCAGAACACAGGGAUCCUCCAAGUAAGAAAAGGAAAAUGGAAACCUCCAUACAUAAUCAGCAGCUGGCAGAGAAAGCAAAUGAAGCAUUCAUCAGUACACGCAAUAAUAAUCCUGGCACUCAGGAAUUGGAGUCCUCUGAAGUGAAACUAGUGGCCUCUCUUGAAGGCUCCUGCAGUUCUAACUUCACAAACCAAAUGCAGCCAAGAAGUACACCGAAGAUGCUUCUACCAAAGCCUAAGGUGGCUUUGGUUAAACUUCCAGUGAUGCAGCUCGCUCACUUGCCUAUAUAUGUAUCUGCAACAGACUCUUCUGUCAAACCUGCUGUAGUGGCUGUUGAUAAUCAAGGUUCAGUUGUAAGUACUGUUCAUUUAUUGCCUCAAUCUAUAGGAAUUCUGAUUCCAGCACUGGAGGCAGAAACACUUGUAUUUAAAGAUAGUAUGCCUGUUUCAAAAGUGACAAAUUCUGGUGAUCAUGAACCAGUAAGCACUGGUGUACAAGUUGAGCUGGAUAAAUUUACAUCGAAUAACGCAGGGCAAGAGCUGGGGAAUGUUUGUCACAAGAAUAAAAUUUCUUCAAUAAAUAUACAGACUGACUUAUCUUGUAUUUCACAGAACUUUGUACCAGCUGCAGCCUGGACUCCCAAUUCUUCUGUAUCCUCUUGCUCUCAGACAGACCUGUCAUUCAGUUCACAGGUUUCGUUACCCAUCAGUGUGCAAACUCAGACGCUGCUGCCCGCUUCCAGACUGACUUCAUCCAUAGCUGCUCAGACUGACGCUUUCAGUCAGGUUUGUUUUCCAACGUGUGGCAUUUCUAGGGAGACUCAGACCAGUAGGACACAGGACUCUCUUGAUGGCAGAGUGCAAAUGGACCAGGCUGUAAUGUGCGGUGAUAUCUUUGACAACGUUCAUUCAUCAUAUAAUGUUUCUACUCACAUCGAACUUCCAGAAAACAAUUUAAUGCCUGCAAAUAUAGAUCAAACCUUGCUUCAAAGGAGUACUUGUAAGAGCCUGAAUCAAGAUACGGUGAAGUCUGAAUCCCUUAUCAGCUUCAAUACACAGACUAAUAUACUUCCACCUCAAAAUACGAUGGAUAAUCAAACCCAGACAAUGGACCUACUAAGUGAUCUGGAAAACAUCUUUUCAGGAAACAUGUCUGGCCAGACACUGGAUAAUCGUGGCCUUUUGUCCGAGACAAGUUCUAAUGCUGACACGCAUCUGCCAUCUGGUCCAUCACAGAGCACGGGAAUAGACUUUGACAUCGAAGAGUUCUUUUCAGCAUCCAAUAUCCAAACUCAGACUGAAGAGAGUGAGCUUGGUACCCUAAACUCUGAGCCAGUUUUGGAGUCACUGGACAUUGAAACUCAGACUGAUUUCUUAUUUUCAGACAGUGCCACUCAAUCAUAUAGCUGCCGAGGAAAUUCUAACUUCUUAGGUUUGGAGAUGUUUGAUACACAGACACAGACAGACUUGAAUUUCUUUUUGGACAGUAAUACACAUCUGCCUUUAGGAAAUAUUCUGAAGCAGUCUAGUUUCUCCAUGAGUACUGACUCAUCUGAUACAGAAACCCAGACAGAAGUAUAUCCAGCUACUAAAAGUACACCUACUCAGAAUAUUGAAAGCAAAGUCCAGCUCAGUAGCACUGAAACACAGACUAUGGAUAGCUGCUUUGAGAAUCUAGGGAGUUUAUUCCUUACCAGCAAUGAGACACAGACAGCAAUGGAUGACUUCCUUCUGGCUGACUUAGCCUGGAAUACAAUGGAGUCCCAGUUCAGUUCAGUAGAAACACAGACCUGUGAAGAGCUGUGCUCCUUGUUUCAGAGCUCAGACAAGCCCAGCCAUUGAGUACUACGUAAUAUAACUGUUUCCUGUGGUUUGAAAUUAAGUUAUUGGGGUGGGAGAGAUGGCUUGACCGAGUCAGCCACUUUGCAUUAUUGAAUGUAGUUAUCUUGAGCAGUUGGCCUAAGAGACUUUUCAUCCUGAAGGUACUCUAUUGUAUAUGUAACUACAUAAGCUGUGUGUGUGUAUAAAUGGGGAUAAGGGGGGGUUGUCACAUGUUAAUUAUACAUUUGAACCUUAAAAAAAAAAAAUUAUGUGGUGCCUAUGUUUUUUUCCUCAGACUUCUUUACAAAGCUGAUACUGCUUUCAUUUAAACAGAAUAACUUUUUUUAAGUUGUUCUGUCCUAUAUAUCUAUCUGUUCCUGGCUUACUUACAGGGUUCCAGUGUGCUGGACCAAAACCCUGACCUGUCCAAUUAAGAUGCUUCCCUGAACUUACGGGGGAGGAUUCUAUUAGUGUAAGCUACUUCUGUUUACUUUUUUUAGUAGCUUGUAUUUUAAAUCCAGCGUGAACAUAAUAAGCUGUAUUGUCUUCUUUUACUUUAUGUCUUCACAGCUCUUUCUCCUGCAUAAGUUGGUAUUUUCCACAAAACUGUCCAAUACACUAGACACAUACAGACUCUUGAAUUGUUGAAUAUAUUUAUUAUUAAAAAUAUGUAGAAAGCAGUACUUUUAAAUUUUUUUUUUUCUCUGAGUGGCACUGAUGCCCUUUGAAGGGUAGGAAGAGAACUUGGAAUACAUAAUUAUAGGGAAAUUUAGUAUGUUGUCCAUUUAGCUAGUGUAAUAAAUGGGACUAACAUUUUAGAAUCUUCAGGAGGAAUUUGCUUAAAUUAUUUCUGUCUGUAAGAUGCGGAUGUUACAAUGCGUGUGCCUUAAAGACUGGAAUAAUUUGUUUUCACUGAAAUUCUUCUAGCUUUAUUAAGAUAUAAGUUGAAAAAUGUCAAAACUAAUUCAUACCUCUAUGACAUUAGCAGAAAUCUUUAGAAAUGGGAAAUUAAAUUCUCUAAAAUAGUCACCUAGACUCCCCUUUUUGGACUUUCUGCUUCCAAAACCAAUUGGAAUCUGUACAACAGAGCUGGGAAAUCAUCUCACAGAGCCCUUUCAGAACAGCAGUGUCUUGCUUUUGCACAUUGAUCUGCAGCCCUCAGUUCCUGAGAAUAGUCAAAUUCAAACAAACUGAUUUUUCAGAGAAAAGACAUGACCUCUUAGAAUUUUUAAUAUUCAUCUUGUCCCUCAUACCAUUGUUUGUGGUAUUUUUCAUUUGCAUGGAAAAAAAAAAUUAAGCCAGUUGUGAAUGUACAUUGGAAUUUGGCCUUAACUGAUUUUUAUCUCUUACUAUAAUACCUGCAAAAUGUAGGCCUCUGGUUUUGUCCUGGAGGGUUUUAGUUUCUGUUACUUUAAAUGAAAAGAGAAACCCCUUCAUGUCAAGUUCCUGGGCCUGUAACAGACUUUACUCAUCCACUGUGAGAGGAGAGGCAUUGGCUGUGUAUUUACUAGGCAGCUCAUCAGUAAAUGUGUGUCCAAGCCUUAGUUUUUGAAGACUCACUGUUUUGUGCUUCAUAUGCUCAGCAAGGAGUGGGAGUUAAGUUACUCAUCCAUUGCAGCUAGCUUGUUUUGAAAAUGAGCACUACCUCUUUUUUUUUUUUUUGUCUCUUCCUACCACUCUUUAAAUUGCCGUAGUUAACACACUAAUAUGAUAAGCAGCUCUACUUUUACUGUAAAUAAUCUCUUUAGAUUAACCCUGAAACUCGUAUUUUCCUCCUGAAACCACAGCUGUUGUUGCCUGUUUAAUUUUUCAACAUUUCUAGCUGUGAUUUCAGAUACUUCCAGUCUUUAGCUGAAGAAACUGCAGAAAGGAAUCUUGCAGUUCUCCCCAGGAGUACAGUAAUUCUGCUUUGGGGAAAGUUCCCCCAGGUUUCACAGUACCUAGAGUUCUGAUCUUAAAGGUGGGAUAUGUUAAUUAAAGGAAGGCCUUGCUUGUAAUUCUGUUUCUUCUGAAGAUAUGACUGAUUCAUAUUUACUUGCCUCCUUUGAAAGUAGGAAAUAAAUGACAAAAUUAGGUUAAUUUAUUGCAUUCCUUUUCUAGUAAUGUUGCUUCUUCAUGUUUUAAAGUGUUUUCCCUUCUCCUUUCUUCCCCCUGGCUGGAAUACCAGAGAACAUCUCUUCAUAUGUAGGCUUCUGUGUUUCCCACGUGCAAGUUGUCAGUACUGACGCAUGAAAGAGGAGCAGUUACUAUAAAUCUGAUUGGGGAAAACUGCAUUUUCCCCAGCUGUAGAAGGCAGAAGUGAGAAACUGUUCAUUACCUCUGAAUUUAGAAAGUCUGUCUUUUUCCUGCAAGAGAAGGAAUCUUGGGUGAUGAGGAGCAGAAUUACAGAUGGCUUUGAAUUGUAGCCAUCUGAGAGCAGCUAGCAUUUAAAGAACUUUGAAACUAAUUUACAAAUCGGAAUGAGAAUUGCCAUGCUCUUAGGGUAUAAGCCAAAGCUCUCAACAUCAGUGACUAUCAGGAAAAAAAAAGCUUGUGUAGACAGAAUCUUACAAUGUAAAUGUUACUCAUUUAUUGUACUUUGUAAUUAAAAGUACUCAUGAGUUUUGUGUAUUUUAUUAGAAUAUGCAAAUAUGAUUCCCUUCCCUCAUCCAGUGUGUUUAAAAUAACUUGAACUUUAGUUAGGUGAACACAGUACUGCAACAUGAAAUUAUUUAUUGAAAGUGCAGUAUUAAGAAACUAUUAAAUAUGCCUGCAUUUCUUUAGGGAAGUGGAUCAUUCUGACCAAAAUUAGCUUGCUUCUUCACAAAUUUGCUUCUCCAAAUUAUUCAUAAAAGUCAGAAACAAGUUUGGAUCCUAUGUUGCUGCAUACAUAAGUAUUUUUGUGAAAAUGUGAAGACUGCAACCAGACUUCUUAGUUUGCUGAAUCCCACAGUAAAUGUAAUGAAACAUGAUCUGAGAUACUGUUGCUGAAUAUUAUGAAUUCUUCACAUUUGAACAAGCUCUUUAAAAUGGCUGAUUUUCUUUUUUGGCCAUUGUUUUAAAAAUAAAUUUCAGUCCAAACUAUUUCUUGGUAGGACUAAAAUUAUACUUAUCUCCAUUUUUCUGCAAUUUGCCUCUGAUUUUCAAGGCACUGUCUCUAUUGUUAAGUAUCAGUCAGCAGUGACUUAGUACUUUGCUUAUCUUCUUUGUAUCCUCUACUGCCAUUUUAACUGCUACACAAGAAGUAACAUCAGAUACUCCAUAGCCUCUUAGCACAAAUUUUUAUCUGGAAGUGAUACUAAUGUUACUUGUACUUACUCUCUGCAUUUCCUGCUGAAUUCUGUUAUGCUGUGAUUGCUGGAUCUUGAAAUGGAUGCCUGUGUAAUGCUACUCAAAAACUGAAUUGGUAGUUUUGUAGUUUCACUUGAGCUUUUUUUAGUACAUAAAAGAACCAAACAAAUUUGGGACACGCAUUCUAUGAGAGCAUAAGCACAAAACAGCUGAAAAAUGAGUGGUCUGUCUUGUUGCCUUUCAUAUUUGUCACAAUGCUAAAAGCUUGUAUGUCGCUAGAUAUAUGUUUCUUCUAAUUUUGGCUUUAUUUGCAUCUGUUUCUGCUAAUACACUUGUAAAUACUUCUUUCUGCUUUGGGUAGGGAGGGAAUCCUCCCCCAGCUCUUCAUGUCAGCCUAGAGAAAUUGGUAGUGUAAAAUCAGAGUUUACUAACGCUACGUAUUCUUAGCUAUGCAAAGCUGCUUGUGUCUAGAAAAUUUUCACUUCCAAAGGAUAUGAAAUCUUAUACACAUAUGUAUACUUGCAGCUGUAAAUUAAACAGCUGUAAAACAAGCCUUGUGAGACCUCAUCUGGUUUUGAACAAUUGAAUCGGUGUCUGUAACUUACUAUGUAACUAACACUCCUUACAAAUUUUAAUUCCAAGGCACAUACGCAGUCAUUUUUUCUGUUAAAAACAAAAGGCUGAAUUUCCUUGUUAGUCAUAUGUACCUUAAUUGUGUAGAGGCAACAGAACAAAGAAAGACGUCUGCCUUCUACGGUUUUAAAUCCUUAUCCUGCUAACACAUGCUCACGCGCUUAGUCAGAUCUGAAUUGGUUGUUUGGGGGGGUUUUUUGUGAGGCUGGGUAGAGAUGUGAGUGUUGGCAGGAUUGGGAUGUUGGGGUGUUAGGGGUUUUUUAAUAAUCUUUCAAAUAUAGGGGAAGUCAGUAGGACUCAUACAUACUGAAUCAACAUAGGGUGCUCAACUUGCAAAAGAAUACGUUACUGAAAUGACAACUCAGAAGUGAACCAAAUGUACUUGCCUUUAUCAUUAAGGUUGUACAGUUUCCUGUGCUUUAAUAUAUUUCUGACGUGCUGGGUUUUUUUAAACAUGAUCUUAAUGUACAAUUUGCUGUUCCAAAUACAUUCACACCAAAAUGUUGU